AUGGCAGACUACUCGGGCGAACUACUUCCCUACGAAUUCUUCUGGCGCGAUCAUCAGCAAUGGCUUGAGGAGAAGGGCUACAUGCUGCGUCCCCGCUACAGGCCUGGAUGGGUUCCAUCUUGGCUAGGGACCGACGCUUUUUAUUGGCGGUUCGAAGACGGCAUAUCAAUCAACUUCGCUCAACUUAUGGACGCUAAACGUGUAUCGGAUGGCGCGACAGUGGCUAUAAAGCGCGUAUCCAGGAAGUUGCAUCCGUACGAGCUCGACAUAAGCCAGCUAUUCUCCACCGACCCACUAGCAGCGGAUCCACGAAAUCAUUGCGUUCCAAUAUACGAGGUGCUUCAAUUACCGGAGGACAGCGACAUUAUAUUACUGGUGAUGCCUCUUCUACGAGGAUAUAACAACCCCCCUCUGCAGACAAUCGGGGAGGCCGUUGAGUAUUUUCGGCAAGUAUUUGAGGGCAUUUCCUUCAUGCAUGAGCAUCAUGUUGCCCAUCGGGACUGCAUGAACAUGAACAUAAUGAUGGAUCCGAAACCGCUCUUCCCAAGAAUGUACCACCCGCAGCGCGAGAAACGCAACGUAGACUUUAAGGGGCAAGCAAAAUAUUAUACACGCACGGCUUGCCCGACAAAGUACUACUUCAUUGACUUCGGCUUGUCGCGUCGGUACAAUCCCGCAAACGGUCCCCCUAGAGAAUAUCCCAUCCGAGGUGGGGACAGGACCGUUCCAGAGUUUUGCAACUUGGAAGAGCCUUGUGAUCCAUUCCCUACGGAUAUCUAUUACAUCGGCAAUAUGAUCAGGGAAGACUUCUUACAGACGUUCCGCGGACUCGAUUUCAUGACUAGUCUUGUCAGCGACAUGGUCCAAGAUGAUCCUACUCAAAGACCCGUCAUCAGCGAGGUUGCUAAACGCUUCGAAGUCCAGCGUAGGACACUGGGUUUCUUCAAGCUACGUUCAAGACUUGUCAGACGCGACGAAUUUUGGGUGAUGUAUAUCUUCCGCACCAUACGGCACGUCUUCCGAACGAUCAGUUACGUCCUGACCCACCGUCCCGCGAUACCUUCCCCUUGAUGUCUCAUCAUCUCUAUCUGACUUUGUUAAUAUCUGUGCUUUACGUCGCCUGAUCCGACUACUCGCCCUGCUGUUUGGUUGUCUGUGUAACUCAAUGGAAAACAAACAGGAUGAUCUCUGCUCCAUC